CGUCGUUCUGUUCUGUUCAUCGUUCUGUUCUGUUCAUCGUUCUGUUCUGUUCUGUUCUGUUCUGUUCAUUGUUCUGUUGUGUUCUGUUCUGUUCAUCGUUCUGCUCAUUGUUCUGCUCUGUUGUGUUCUGUUCCCAAGUCCCGCUCAAGGUUGGAGGCUAGCCGGUGACGAUACCCGCAAUGUCCGUGCACGAUGGUCGAUGAGGCUCUCGCAAAGUUGCAUGACGGCCACUCCGCGACGGCUGCACGUCUCCGCCCACACACAAUGGCCGCACCGAGCAGAUGCACCGCGCGCAUUGCGAACGCUCUCGGAGGUAAUCCGACACGGCGCAUCGCGACCUCGCUCAGAGACCCGACGCCGCGCAUCGCCGCCCGCACACUUGUCGCCAGAGCGUCCAGCGCCCCAUUGCGAACAUGCCAGCGCCAGGCCCAGACGACUGAGGCACGCCGCCAGUUCUCCAGCAGCUCCCACCGCCAGCUCUCCGGCACUUUUCACCGCCAGCUCUCCAGCACUUCCCACCGCCAGGCGCUCAAGACCAUCGGCCAGAUCAAAGCGCGCAACAAAGGCGGCCCCUUCAACAUCACCGCCGCGCUCCUCUUCAUCGCAACCGCAGGCGGGCUAUGGGCCUACUUCACGUACGAGAAGGAGCGCAUGGCUCGCAAGCGCAUAGCCGAGCAGACCAAGGGCGUCGGCAAGCCCAAGGUCGGCGGGCCCUUUGCGCUCGUCGACCAGGACGGCAACGUCUUCAGCUCCACCGACAUGCUGGGCAAGUACUCGCUAGUCUACUUUGGCUUCACGCACUGCCCGGACAUCUGCCCGGACGAGCUGGACAAGAUGGCCCUCAUGUACGACAAGGUGCGCGAGCGCUGCGGCGACGUCCUGCUGCCGCUGAUGAUCACGUGCGAUCCCGCGCGCGACAGCCCUGCUGUCCUGAAGGAGUACCUCGCUGAGUUCCACCCGCACUUCAUCGGCUUGACGGGGAACCACGAGCAGAUAAAGGACACGUGCAAGGCGUAUCGCGUGUACUUUAGCACGCCCAAGGACGUUGCGCCGGGGCAGGACUACUUGGUCGACCACAGCAUCUACUUCUACCUGAUGGAUCCAGAGGGCGACUUCGUCGAAGCCAUCGGCCGCAACUUCACCGCCGACCAGGCUGCCAAGGUCAUCGCCGACCAUGUCAAGGACUGGGAGAAGCCGCUGAAGAAGGAGAGCCGCUGGGAGUGAGCCCGAUGAUGACCCUGUAUAGUAUGUAUGCACUACUCUAGACGCGUACUCAGCAUAUGUAGAACACCCUGUACAAUCAACAGAUACCGACAAUCGCUGCAGCCAAACAAGCUUCAGACCGCCAGACGUUGUCACAGCAUGCACAUUUCCAUCCACGUCUUCUCUUCGCAGCGCCGACCCGGCAUCUUGGCUCUGCACCUCCAGCGUUAAAUUAACCUCAUCGCGUCCUUCAGCUCCCAGCACGACACGAC